UUUUUGAAUAAAUUUUAAUAAUUUUUUAUUCUUUUUUAAUAAUUUUUGAUUUAAUUUCAAUCUUUUUUGAUUACAUAUUAAUAUUCAAAAUGAAUAAAUUUUAAUACUGGAACGAUUAUUUCAAACUUAAUCAUGCAUGACUACUGCCGAAGUAACCAUGGCUCGGACUCAAUAACGUGAAGAGGGAAUCUGCAUACUUAUUAAGCUUUUUUGAUUUAAUUUGUUUUUGAGUGUAUGCAAACGCUGAUCGAAACCUAAGAGGAAGAGGUGACAAUUGGCUUCUUCCUCUUUUAUUUCUAUCUCUAUCUCUAUCUUUAUCUAUCUCUAUCUCUAUCUCUAUCUUACGCACAUGAAAUUGGCCAAUCAGGAGCUGGUUCACGUUUGACAGAAAAGUGGUUCAUUUUCGCCCCAGUAUUGUCACCUCUUCUCUUAGAUCGAAACAAACGUUAUGACGUCUCGACAAUGGUAAUUGAGCGAACGAAAGAAACGAAUCGUGCGAAGCGGAAUGAAAACCGAGCGAUAAACGAAGUGCACCAAUACAUUCAGCUCUUCAGUUCCACUCCUUGCACAGCCCAGGUUGGUAUAUGCCUGUUCAUUUGCUGGCCAUGUGUUUGCAUUCCCUACUGUUCGACUGCCCCAACUGUGGAUCGUUCAUCGUAGCUUACAGAAAGUAGAAGCUCUCUGCCGUUACUUUAGUAAGCUUUCCGACCACCUUAACAGCUUGUAACAAUUAAGGUAUGGUAGCGCCACUAUUGAUGGAGUGGCGGGAUUUGCCACUAGAUAUAUAAAAACAAAUACAGCAGAAAUUUAUAGCUCCCUUACAGUAGCCCGGAUCGUACUACUUUGUUAAUGUGGUAGCCUUCGAUUACAUUUUAAUCUUUUACUAAACAUUGUGAAACGCAACCUCGGUUGGUGUUGGUUUAACCAAUCAGAGCAGGAGACGUUGGAAUAGAUAAGAGUUCUGAAUUUAUUUCUCGUAUACGAAGUGGCAAGCGAUAUUCGUAAUAUGAGUCAGGGUUAUUCCAGUUAGACCUGUGCGAGUGAUCAGAUCGUCAAGCCUAACUGUCAAGUCAAAAUUAUACCCAAGUGUGCUAUAUUGUUCAUACCGAGUGUGCUAUUCUUAGACUUGAAGUGAUAAAACGCGUGAUAGCUAACUUUGUUAUAUAAAGGAUCAUUGACGGACGAGCCGAAUGCUGAUACUUCGCGAAAUCUCCUAUCGCUGUUUCUUCAUAUCCGCGAUACACCCAGUACUGUAAUUGUAAAAUAAUAACAGGGAAAAUAAUGGAGCCCACCAAAGAACCAGGGACCUAUGAAUAUGGUGGCAAUACUGGCAAUCAUGGCAACAAAUACGAAGAAGAUUUAGCAUUGGUGCUGUUUGAGCGAGCAUCUUUCGGGAAAUCAGCAUUCAAACUUGCUUCAGAAAUGAAGGACGCUGGAAAAUUUGACGACGUAGUCAUAAUUUUCGAAGAACAGAAGGAAAUGUGGUUAAUCCAAACCAAACACAAAGGCAGCUCAGGUGAUACAAAACCAUUAUCGUUCGACAAUUUUUUUCCGAAGAUGUUCAAGGAUAAUCAAGAUUUUGCUCUUGUGAAGUACAUACAGUCAUAUUUAGAUGUCAUUCAAAAAGAUGUAUUCAAGAAGUAUAAGAAACGAUUUUUUAUCCUAACCAAUAAAUCAUUAGACGUUAGCGAUGGAAAGCUUAAGGAAUUGGUGGGCAUCGAGAUCUGUGAGCAAAGUGAAGUGAACCCAAUAAUGAAGUUAGCUAAAUCCGACAAUUGCUACAUAAGAUUCAGACCAAAAGAGGAUAACAUUGAAGAAUUACUGAAGUUGAUGAACUCUGAAAUAACUGCCAUUAGGGAUGCGAUCAUUGAAUCCUUCAAACGAGGAAAAGCAUCGGACAUGCUGACGAAGCACAAAAAACCAUUGCAGAAGAUCCUGCAAGAUUUAAUUGCAAAUUCAAAUAGUGAUAACUCAAACAGCCAGGUCGAUACCACCCAUCAAUGGUUGUACAAUGAGCUACUAAAUAAGAUUGACAGACAAGCAAAGGUAAACAUAGCAAAAAAUAAAGCGUAUCAAGAUCUGAUGAAAGGUAGCUCUAGGGACACACUACCUACAUAUUUAAAUGAAGAACACGUGAGCAAGUUCUUUCAGAAUCUAAUUUUCUGUGUAGACCAACCAAAUGAUCUAAUGACAACCGUCGAGGAUGAUCUUCGCUUAUGGGUGAGAACUUGGAUUCCACCGGAUGAUCUUGGCAAGCAUUCGCCAUUAGGGGUGUCUUUGGAAAAAUUUAAUAAAUGUUUUAAAACUUGGAUCAAUCUUAGUAGUAACAAGCAUACACGAAAGAUUUACUUAACUGAAGCCGAGGGACGUAAGUGUGUCAAAGAUAUAACGGAAGAACUGAGUCAUAAUUUAUCACAACGUGAAAGUGAGUACAUAGGAAGAAAAUUAAUUGCAAAUAAUCAUAUUGUAAGCGACCAUAAAUUCAUCAAACGAUUAAUAGACGACCCAGAAGAGAGCAAAUUUUCUCUCUUCAUCGGAGAGCCUGGUAUGGGAAAAACAACUAUCCUCCAAUACAUUGCCUUCGAAGUUCAAAAGAAAUCCGAUAUUGAUGUGUUCUUGAUAUAUUUGAAUAACUUACAGGAAAUGCUCAAAACGGGCUGUGAAAACUUAGAAACGAUUUACACAAUUCUUAAACUGACUCUUUCAAAAACAAGCUUGACAAUAUUGAAAAACAAUCUAGAAAACAACGCAAAUCGGUCUAUAAUCAUGUUUGAUGGGUUCGAUGAGAUCACUUUUCAUAACGAGGCAAUCGCCAUGUUUAAGCAAAUAUUGUCAAAGAAGAAUAAUCGAGUGAUUGUAAGUGGAAGAUAUCAUGUCAAAGGUAUUCUUGAAACAGCUUUUGGAGCAAGGGCAAUCAGAUUGAUUUCUUUUGAAAACGAUGAACAAAUGGUGUUAUUAAAAAAAUCAUGGAAAACUUCUGAUGAUUCAGAGGAAUUUAAAACUUAUUCAACUCAAUUGCUCAAAAAAUUCUGCUCGGACAUAACAAGCUAUGAGUCUAAAUUUUUUGGGAUUCCACUUAUGAUACGAUUGUUGGCGGAAGCAUAUUCUGAUGAUUUCAAACAAUAUGUAAAUACUGUUCCAAAUAAUCGUGCACAAGAUAUUUUCCCGACUGAAAAAUUUAAUGUUGUCUCAUUGUUUAAAAAGUUUGUGCAGUUUUCGUUUCAAAUCAAAUGGAAGAAAAAAAGAAACCAAGAUGCUUACCGAAAUAUUGACACGCAAAGUGAUGAAGAAGAGAAGUGUCUUUUGAAACACUUUAUUAUUGAGCAUCAAAUAGCUGCCUGGCAUCAGAUUUAUAGGAAUAACCAUAAGGAAGUAAUCACAUCGGGUGAACACAAACCAUUUUACAAUGACCUCCAAAUAAGAAUCAAAAAAGGAACAGAGCACUCUCCUCUAUUUAAUAUUUCAGAUGGCAAUCUUAGAUUCAUACACUUAUCCUAUGCCGAGUUUUUCGCUGCAAUGUUUAUAUAUGAUUGUAUCCAAAAAUGCAAAGCAAUUUUGUACGAAACACUUGUUGAUCAUGAAACCGUUCGAAGAUUUUUUUUUAAACUAACUGAAGAACAGUAUUCAGAACAAUCAGAGCAAAUGAUUGUUCUGAGCGAUAUUUGUAAAGAAAAAGCUGAGGUUGCAUUCUGGGCAUGUGAAGCAAGUUCAGUAAAAGUAGUAAAGGAACUACUACAAAAUAAUGAUUUAAAAACUAAAAUACACCAAAAAUAUGGAUCGUUGUUACACACUGCGACGUAUGCUGGGAAUUCUGAGCUGGUUUUAUUUCUACUUGAUUAUGGCAUCGAUGCUAAUAUGAUCGCCCACUUUGAGAUAAUUCGAGGGUAUGAUAAAAACCUCAAUACAAGUCCUCUGCACAUUGCAAGUGAAUAUGGGCAUCUAGAAAUUGCUAAACUUCUCCUCGAUGGAUCUGCAAAUGUGGAUCAUCAGGAUGAAGAAAAAAGAACACCUCUACACUAUGCAAGUAAAAAUGGGCAUUUAGAAAUUGCUAAACUUCUCCUCGAAAGAUCUGCAAAUGUGGAUCUUAAAGAUGCAAAUAAUAGAUUACCUCUGCACUAUGCAAGUGAAAAUGGGCAUUCUAAAAUUGCUGAACUUUUCCUGAAUAAACCUGCCACUGUGAAUCAUCAGGAUAAAAAGAAUGGAACACUUCUCCACUAUGAAACUGAAAAUGGGAAUCAAGAAAAUGCUGAACUUCCCCGGAAUGAAUCUGCCAACGUGGAUCAUCAGGAUAGAACUAAUAGAUCACCUCUCCACUAUGCAAGUAAAAAUGGACAUCUAGAAAUUGCUGAACUUCUCCUGAAUAAAUCUGCCACCGUAAAUCAUCAGGAUAAAAAUAAUAAAACACCUCUCCACUAUGCAAGUAAAAAUGGACAUCUAGAAAUAGCUGAACUUCUCCUGAAUAAAUCUGCCAACGUCGAUCAUCAGGAUGAAAAUAAAAAAACACCUCUCCACUAUGCAAGUGAAAAUGGGCAUCUAAAAAUUGCUAAACUUCUGCUGAAUAAAUUUGCCACCGUAAAUCAUCAGGAUACAAAUAAAAAAACACCUCUCCACUAUGCAAGUGAAAAUGGAAAUUUAGAAAUUUGUGAACUACUCCUGGAUAAAUCUGCCUACGUCGAUCAUCAGGAUGAAAAUAAUAGAACACCUCUUCACCAUGCACUUAAAAAUGGGCAUCUUGAAAUUGCUGAACUUCUCCUGAAUGGAUCCCCAAGUGAAAAUUGGAAUCUGGAAAUUGCAAUAACUCUCCUCGAUCGAUCUGCCAAUGUGGAUCUUCAGGAUGAAAAUAAUAGAACACAUCUCCACUAUGCAAGUGAAAAUGGGAAUCUAGAAAUUGCUGAACUUCUCCUUGAUCGAUCUGCCGGAGUGAAUCAUCAGGAUAAAAAGAAUAGAACCCCUCUCUUCCAUGCAAGUGAAUAUGGGCAUCUAAAAAUUGCAAAACUUCUUCUGGAUAAAUCUGCCACCGUGAAUCAUCAGGAUAAAAAGGAUAGAACACCUCUCCACUAUGCAAGUAAAAAUGGGCAUCUUGAAAUUUCUGAACUUCUCCUGAAUAAAUCUGCCAACGUUGAUCAUCAGGAUAAAAAUAAUAGAACACCUCUCCUCUAUGCAAGCAAAAAUGGGCAUCUUGAAAUUGCUUAUAUUCUCCUGGAUAAAUUUGCCGUCGUGGAUCAUCAGGAUAGAACUAAUAGAACGCCUCUACACUAUGCAAGUGAAAAUGGGCAUCUUGAAAUUGCUAAAAUUCUCCUGGAUAAAUCUGCCACCGUGAAUCAUCAGGAUAAAAAGAAUAGAACAGCUCUCAUUUAUGCAAGUGAAAAUGGGCAUCUUGAAAUUGUUAAAAUUCUAGUGGAUAAAUCUGCCACCGUGAAUCAUCAGGAUAAAAAGAAUAGAACAGCUCUACACUAUUCAAGUGAAAAUGGGCAUCUUGAAAUUGCUAAAAUUCUCCUGGAUAAAUCUGCCACCGUGAAUCAUCACGAUAAAAAGAAUAGAACAGCUCUCAUUUAUGCAAGUGGAAAUGGGCAUCUUCAAAUUGCUGAACUUCUCCUGGAUAAAUCUGCCACCGUGAAUCAUCAGGAUAAAAAGAAUAGAACAGCUCUCAUUUAUGUGAGUAAAAAUGGGCAUCUUGAAAUUGCUAAAAUUCUAGUGGAUAAAUCUGCCACCGUGAAUCAUCAGGAUAAAAAGAAUAGAACACCUUUGCACUAUGCAAGUGAAAAUGGGCAUCUUGAAAUUGCUAAUAUUCUCCUGGAUAAAUUUGCGGCCGUUGAUCAUCAGGAUAGAACUAAUAGAACACCUCUCCACUAUGCAAGUGAAAAUGGGCAUCUAAAAAUAGCUGAACUUCUACUGAAUAAAUCUGCCACCGUGAAUCAUCAGGAUAAAAAGAAUAGAACACCUCUCCACUGUGCAAGUAAAAAUGGGCAUCUAGAAAUUGCUGAGCUACUCCUGGAUAAUCCUGCCAUCGUUAAUCAUCAGGAUAAAAAGAAUAGAACACCUCUGCACUAUGCAAGUGAAAAUGGGCAUCUUGAAAUUGCUAACAUUCUCCUGGAUAAAUUUGCGGCCGUUGAUCAUCAGGAUAGAACUAAUAGAACACCUCUCCACUAUGCAAGUGAAAAUGGGCAUCUAAAAAUAGCUGAACUUCUACUGAAUAAAUCUGCCACCGUGAAUCAUCAGGAUAAAAAGAAUAGAACACCUCUCCACUGUGCAAGUAAAAAUGGGCAUCUUGAAAUUGCUAAAAUUCUCCUGGAUAAAUCUGCCACCGUGAAUCAUCAGGAUAAAAAGAAUAGAACACCUCUGCACUAUGCAAGUGAAAAUGGGCAUCUUGAAAUUGCUAAUAUUCUUCUGGAUAAAUUUGCGGCCGUUGAUCAUCAGGAUAGAACUAAUAGAACACCUCUCCACUAUGCAAGUGAAAAUGGGCAUCUAAAAAUAGCUGAACUUCUACUGAAUAAAUCUGCCACCGUGAAUCAUCAGGAUAAAAAGAAUAGAACACCUCUCCACUGUGCAAGUAAAAAUGGGCAUCUUGAAAUUGCUAAAAUUCUCCUGGAUAAAUCUGCCACCGUGAAUCAUCAGGAUAAAAAGAAUAGAACACCUCUCCACUGUGCAAGUAAAAAUGGGCAUCUAGAAAUUGCUGAACUUCUCCUGGAUAAAUCUGCCAUCGUUAAUCAUCAGGAUAAAAAGAAUCGAACACCUCUCCACUAUGCAAGUGAGAAUAGGCAUCUAAAAAUUGUUAAACUUCUCCUCGGUAGAUCUGCAAAUGUGGAUCAUCAGGAUAAAAAGAAUAGAACACCUCUUCACUAUGCAAGUAAAAAUGGGAAUCUUAAAAUUGCUAAACUUCUCCUGGAUACAUCUGAAAUCGUGAGUCAUCAGGAUAAAAAGAAUAGAACACCUCUCCACUAUGCAAGUGAAAAUGGGCAUCUAAAAAUUGUUAAACUUCUCCUCGGCAGAUCUGCAAAUGUGGAUCAUCAGGAUAAAAAGAAUUGAACACCUCUUCACUAUGCAAGUAAAAAUGGGCAUUUUGAAAUUUCCAAACUGCUUCUUGAGCGAUCUGCCAACGUGGAUCAUCAGGAUAAAUUUAAGAAAACACCUCUCCAGUAUGCAAGAUUCAAUGGGCAUCUUGAAAUUGCUGAAAUUCUCCUUGAACGUUCCUUGAUUGUUUCGAUGAGAUCACUUUUCAUAACGAGGCAAUCGCCUUAAGCAAAUAUUGUCAAAGCAGAAUAAUCGAGUGAUUGUAAGUGGAAGAUAUAAUGUCAAAGGUAUUCUUGAAACAGCUUUUGGAGCAGCGGCAAUCAGAUUGAUUCCAUUUGAAAACGAUGAACAAAUGAUGUUUUUGAAAAAUUCAUGGAAAGUGUCCGAUGAUUGCUCGAAAAAUUCUGCUCGGAUAUAACAAGCUAUGAGUCUAAAUUCUUUGGGAUUCCACUUAUGAUUCGAUUGUUGGCGGGAGCUUAUUCUGAUGAUUUCCAACAAUAUGUAAAUACUGUUCCAGAUAACCGUGCACAAGAUAUUUUACUGACAGAUUUUUUUUCCUUUAUUUUUAACGUCGGUCUCUGUUCCGCGAUCUAGUGCCAAUCACCGACGGACAUCGAUUGCCAUCCAUUGGCGGCAACCGAAUGUGCAGGAAGGCAGCUUCCACACGUCGAGUUGCGUAUGUUUCGGUUUGGGAACACUUAAUUUUACAUGACAUGUUUGCUUACGUUCCAUAAUUUACGUCAAAGAUGGAUUACGCCUCGUGUAAAAAUAGUUAUUUUUAAGUGUGCAACACACAUGGGCCGGGACCAACGGUUUUACUUCCCUUCCGAAGGAAGAUGUGACCAGAUAUUUUUAUGCCUCAGAAAAAUCCCACCGACCUCGGCUGGGAUUGAACCCAGACCCAUUGGGGUGUUAGAAAGCAGUCACGCUUACCACUAAACCACCGGCGCCGGCCGACAGAAACAUUCAAUGUUGUCUCAUUGUAUAAAAAGUUUGUGCAGUUUUCGUUUCAUAUCCAUAUAUAUAUAUAUCCAGUGGGCAGUGUGCUCUACACUCCAAGUUCCCUUUCUUUCAAAUUCGCCCCAAAUUUGAUAUUUUACCCAUUUGAGUGCUGAUUAAUCACAAUGAAACAUUGUGACAGAGCACGGACUUGAGGUUACUAGCAAGGAAUCAAAAAUAUCUCCAAAUGUCAAAAUGACAAGCGAUCAACGAACCGAAUGAUAUCGCUAUGUCAGAAGUGGAAAGCAAUAAUGAUAUAAUCUUCUUCAUUAUUUUUCAUGACAAGCAGCCUGUGCGCCACAGCUCAGUCAAGGCGGUAGAAGGAAACGUGCAAAUUGUUGGCAAGCUGCUUCACGAAGCAAAGCCGAAGAUGAUACACGUGUGUUAAUGGGAAUUUUUUUGUUAUGUCUUUUCUCGAUCCAGAUUAAGCUAUGUCAUCAUCCGUGUAUAUUGAAACAAAGCAGGCAAGCAAUAUAUCAUUAUCCUUCUACCACUCCGAUCGAGCUAUGUUACAGAGCGAGUUUUUCAUGGCAGUCGUAGCAACCGUUUUGUCAGUAUCAUUGGUUGCUUUAUGUGUUUGGAUUCACUGGUUACUAGAGUAUUAAAUAAUCUAGGUUCUAUUUAGGAUUAUAUCUGAAAAAUCCAAAUCUGCUCAACGCCCACCAAGUUCAGUGAAAGUAGUCAAAUAACUAAUACAAAACUAAAAACACGAAAAAUAUGUAAAACAGCCAAAAAGCUUAUCUUCCAUUUAAUGCUACUUAAUUAAUUUUGGUAUCCAUGACAUUGCCAACCCAAUGUACAAUGUGCAGUCUCCAUCAGCGUCAUUCUCACUUAAUAACUAAUCUAAAUCUAAUCCCUUGAAGUACUCAUCCUCUAGGUAAAAAUGUCAAGAUCACAGGUAAAAAAAUCAAACUACAACGUGUAGAAUCAGAACCUACCUAACUAAUAAUAACCAAAGGUAAAGUAAAGGAGAAAAAUCGUUUCAAAUCUCUAAUAAGGAAAAAACCCAAAGGCUUGGUAGCCAUCAUAAUGAAGUAAUUGGGUUGCUAGCGGAAUGCUUAAAUAAAACAGCGAAAAGGGUUGUCUUCCAUUUAAUUUCACUUAAUUAAUUUUCUGAUCUUGACAUUUUUACCUAUGGAAUGAGUACUUAAGGGGGUUAGGUUUUUGGUCUUUAGUGAGAAUGACACUGAUGAAGACUGCACAUUGUAGUCGAAAUACGUAUCUGUCAUGGAUACCGAAAUUAAUUAAAUGGAAUUAAAUGGAAGAUAACCUUUUUCGCUAUUUAUUUAAGCAUUCCGCUAACAACCCAAUGUCAUUACUUCACGAAAAAUAUAGAUCUUUAUUACACACUGCAACGUAUGCUGGUAAUUCUGAGCUGGUUUUAUUUCUACUUGAUUAUCUAAUCACCAAACUAGCGCCGGUGGUGAAGUGGUAAGCGUGAUUACCUCUCACCCCAGCAGGCCUGGGUUCAAUACCAGUCGGCGCCGCCGGGAUGUUCUGUUCACGCCUUCCUUCGGAUGGGAAGUAAAGCCGUUGGUCCCCGGUUCAUGAGUUGAUGGGUCGAUAGGUAGGGUCCAGGUGUGGGAGCUGCCUUCCUGGCACGUCGGUAGCACUGGUGCUCAGCACGGAAAACAAGAUCGACGGAAAAAACAAACCAAAAGGGUCUAAUCGCCAGCUUUGAUAUAUUUCAAGAUUAUGAUAAACACCUCAAUACAAGUCCUCUGAACACUGCUAGUAAAAGUGGACAUCUAUAAAUAGCUGAACUUCUCCUCGAUCGAUCGCCAACUUUGAUCAUCAGGAUGAAGAAAAAAGAACACCUCUCCACCAUGCAACUGAUUUUUUUUAUCACUUACCAUCGCACGCAAGGAGUUGCACUUCGACCAACUGUAGAUGAAAUGCGUUUGUUUUGAAAACCUUCGCUGUCACGUACGUGAGAAAUGAACAAAUGAGUUCAUUAUGCAUCAGUACAUACGCGUUUGUUGAUAUUCACCAGUGCUUGAUUAUCUUACUCAAAAUAGUCCAAAUCAAAAGCGAUCCUCAAAAGCAGAAUUAUCAAUUUAAUGUUGGGCAAAAUCAUAUAUUGAAUAUUGUCGACCCCAGAGUCAUAAACCUUGAGUUUUUGUUUUUGUUUUGAUUUGUUUUCCGUCGAUCUUGUUUUCCGUGCUGAGCACCAAUGCUACCGACGCCAGGAAAGUAGCUCCCACACCUGGACCCUAAUUAUCGACCUAUCAACUCAUGAACCGGGGAUCAACGGCUUUUACUUCCCUAGUGAUCAGAGAUGUUAUACCUCAGAACAUCCCGGCGGCGCCGACUGAGAUUGGACCCAGGCCUUUUGGGGUGAUAGGUAAUCACGCUUACCACUACACUACCGGCACCGCUCUUAUGCCUUGAUAUUAUUAUGAAUUUAGCAUUUGGCAAUAAUUUUCCAUCGAUCUAUGUGUUAAAACCAACACAACACGAUCUGCAGCGCUAUAUUUGUGUAAAAUGAAAAUAGAAUUUUCCUUCAAAUGUCACUGCUGUUCUCAAUGGUGAUAUCUCUCAGAAAUUACCCAUACACUUAGUUCCGUUGAUUGUUAACAGAAAGCAAUGCUGUCAACAUAUGAAUGGUACCUCUAUAUAUGCAUUUAGGUUAGCAAUCGAAGUCCCUCCUUGUUUACAUGUUCUGCACAAAAAAUACAUCCGAGAUCCCUCCUUUUUUACAUAUUCUGCAAACAAAAUACUUUCUAAGCCCCUCCUCUAACAGGAUUUCCAGCCGUUUUUUUUUAUGUAUGGGGCGGGGCAGAAAGUAUAUUUUGUGCAGAAUAUGUAAAAAAGGAGGGAAUCCAAAUAUUAAUCAAAAUGCAUAUAUAGAGGUACCAGACAUGUUUUGCAGUGUCAGGUACUCUAUUUUGUGUUAUAUGAGAGGGAAAUCACAAAAAAAAGGUUCAUCAAAAUACAUGGCAUGUUGAAAAAUUGAACUAGUGAGAGCGAAUUUUCGCUCUCAAAUUUAAUCUCUGGGGACUGGUAGUAAAGCGGGUAUAAAUGUAUGGAGAAAAAUAUUAUUUAUGUAAUUGUAACUUGUUUAAACAUAAUUUCCGGGAAAAAAACUGAACGAAAAAGUUCCUGACUAAAUUAUUUAGGCCCUUUUUAUGACCUGAAUAUGUACCGAAAGCGAAUUAUUCCCACUUCUCUCAAUUUCUAUAUGGGGAUUUUUAUCACUUCCUACCAGCGGAACAUCUCUGUGAAAAAUGGCCGAACGAUGUGAUUAAUUGAUCCUCAAAAUCAUCCCCACCCAAAUGAUGACUAAUAAUAAUAUUGACAACAACAAAAGCGAUAGUGAAAAUCCAGCCACAAAUGGUGAUACAGCUUUGUCACUAUACGGGCGAGGAGAUUUCAGGGGGGAAAAGUGCGGUUCUAGAGCAAAUUGUAAGCUAACUCGGUCACUGUCUCAUACAAAAAUCCAACAUGGCUGAAUCAUGAAUUUGACACAUUAGAACACCUAUGUAUAUGUAGUCAUCUUGGGACUAACACAAGUGUUGACUUUGACACUCAGAGGUUGCCUUGAUCAAAAGAAUGUUGAUGUAUCGAAAUUCCAAUUCAUGCAGGUCUCCGAGCAAAGUCCAGAAUCAAAAUGACGGCAAAUAGAAAUCAAAUUUUGAUAUCAACAUCAAACUGCCGGUGGUGUAGUGGUAAGCGUGAUUACCUAUCAUCCCAGCAGGCCUGGGUUCAAUCCCAGUCGGCGCAGCCGGGAUGUUCUGAGGCCUAAUAUCUCUGAUCACGCCUUCCUUCGGAAGGGAAGUAAAGCUAUUGGUCCCCGGCUCAUGAGUUGAUGAGUCGAUAGGUAGGGUCCAGGUGUGGGAGCUGCCUCCCUGGCGUCGGUAGUAUUGGUGCAUGGCACGGAAAACAAGAUCGACGGAGAAAAAAAAAUCAAGGAAAAAAAAAAGUGACAUCAUAAUUUGAUUUCAGUUUAUGUGAUUGACAAAUUUGAUAACAAAUUUUGUUUUCAUUUUGCUGUACAUUUGCUCUUCAAAAAUAUGUUGUUGCAGAUUUGUUUUCAUUACCUUAGUAUAACAUCAAAUUGAAAAUUCGUUUUGUUAUCAACAGGAAAAAUGAACAUCAAAUGGAGUUUUCAGCUUGCUCUUACUAAUAGCAGAAUUAGUUUUCAAUUUGAUGUCGCUGGAAGAUUGUUUGCUUUCAAUUUGCGACCAAAACGACAAUCCCCUGAGCAUCGACAUCACAAUAUCAAAUGUUGUUUUCAAUUUGAUCUCAGGCUUUGCUUGGGUAUUUGUUAAGGUUGUCUUCAUUUUCAGCUCAGUUGAGUGUAAAAAAAAUUAUUUUUAUCAGCACUGAAAUUGUUAAGCUUCUCCUCGAUCGGUAUCUAUCAUCAGGAUGAAGCAUAAAUAACACCUCUCCACUGUGAAAGUGGCGCAGCAAGGCGAACAACAGCAGAAUUUAUUCAUGAUUAUUGUGAACUGCAAAGGGAGCAUGGUGAUGAUAUUUAACGGAAGCAAAACUUUUCCUCAAUCGAUCUUUCAUAGUAUAUGCAUAAGAUUAACUACGCAGCUCAAGACAACGUCAAUGAUCUCUGGAGUAGAAAACCGCAUACAUUUCAUAUUAAACCAUGAGAAGAUUAUUUGUGGAUAAACUCAGAUAAACUUCUUUCCCGCAGUGUACAGUCAAUUUUAGUGAUUCGAUUAAAAAGAUCCAAAAUUGAUGUCAUGUAAGGGGAAUGUGGUAUAUUGAGUUAUUCUGUGUAUUUUGCUCGAAACGGAAUUUCGCGGAAUAAUUUAAAGUUGCAAGCAGAAAAUUACGAAUUGAUAAACUUCCAAGUUAACGGGAUUUUACGGAAUUCCGAUGAUUUUGUUUACGUACAGUGAAAUCAAAAACCAAAAUUAUCAAACUCAUAUUUACCAUUUUCAAAAUAAUCAUAAAUAGUCACAGACUUAUCCAGGGAAAUUGGCAAUUAUGGGUCUUUCCGGGCCUGAAUAGACUACCGCAUUAGUGAGACGAUGACCCUGGCGAUAAGCUUCAACCAAUAUUAUACUCGGAUUAUAUCCGACAUCAGAGUUAAUCAACACGACUCUAAGCAAACAUAUUGGAGAUCAUCCAAACAGGUUCGGUAUUUAAAGUUAACUAGAGCUCGAGCUUACCGCCAUUAGAGUCCUGGGUGGGUGACUAUAGAAUCGUGAGGUGUCCCUGCUGGAGCAGAAUCCGAACAUAAUUCACGAGGUAUCAGUAGGAGUCUCUUUUCUCUGUGACAGCUGUAUGAUAUGACGGAUCAACCAACUUUCAUUUUUUCACAUUUCUAAUUCGGUUGAUUUUAAAAUUUUCAGUCCAGAGAAAUUUAAAUUAUUCAACUUUAUCAUAAUUGUCUGUACAACUAUAGCCAAAAUCUCCUCUUAUUGAAUUGCACUAAAAAAAAUUCUCCGGGAGAAUAUUUUAAAACCAACCGGUUUAACAUUUGUUGGAGAAAAUCCGAUGUAGGGUAAGUGCACCAGUAUUACCCAUAGUUUCCAUUGAAUAACAAUGUAUGUGUCAUAUCGUGAAUAUGAUUUGAACCAACAAUAUUAACAGAACUCAAGACCUCACACUUGUAAAAAACGUUAAAUAUCGCCAAAUCAUAGCCAAAAUAGAAGCAUGGUCAAUAUAGGUGCAUUUCCCUUACAUGAAUAUUGAUUAAUCCGGCCUUUCGGACACGGCGUGAGCAGAAUCAACAUCCACACUCAGCUCACGAAUGAGAAGAAUAGGGAAAUAGAGGAGGCCUCCGUCCAGUCUCUCCAACAAGCACAACCGAGUUACCUUGUGGCGUGGAUGUUUUCUUACGCCAGACCGCACAACAUAUGUGAAACUUCGAACCGGAUGUCUGCAAGUUUAAAAAUAGUUGUGAAUAUUGUUAGAAGGCAAUUUAUUAAUGUUCCACAUCUCAUGUAAACAUUGCAAGUCCUAGAAAAUAUUUUUUUUCGAGGUGGCACUAGAUUUUUGAUGUUUCAUGAAUUUUAAUGUCAGUUGGCGUCAACAAAUAAUAGGGUAGGUGUUUUCCAGUAAUAAUGGUGUUCCUAUAGUUGUGGUAGAGUGGUUAUGAUGGGAAACCGUCGGUAGAUCUCCUAAAAUAAAGCAGAGUUGCAUAUUUCAUACCCAAAAUUAGCCUGAAAUUGACGGAAAACAAUUAAUUUUCCUGAUGAACGUGGGCGUCUUAGUGGAAUACCUCUAUAAAGAGAGAGAGAGAGAGAGAGAGAAGGAUUAGUAAUUUUCAUUUAAUUCCACUAUUUUAUUUGCUUACCCUUGACAGAUACGCGUAUUUCGUCUACAAUGUGCAGACUUCUUCAGUGUCUUGUACUAAUACUUGAGUGUUGAAAUAAUAGUGGAACUCAUAACAAACCAAUGCAUUCCACUAUUAAAGAAACCAAAGUUAGCAACUACCACAACAACUGGAACAGUGUACCUAUUAAUAGAGGAUGUAUUUGCAAAAAAAUCAUACAAUUUAUUCACAAUGUAAUAUUUUCCUAGCAAGCUAGAGAUUGAAAGCUGUAGAUUGAUGUAUAAAAUAGUAUGUAGAACAUAUAUUUAUUUUAUAAUAAAUACAUUGGCUUAGUUCCACUAUCACUGGCUCACCCACCCUAAUUGAUCUCCGAAAUGGGGAAAUUUCUCCAUUUUCAAAAACGCAAACAUUACCGAUUUACCGCUAAAUUAAAUCACGGCCAAUUGAGCCCAAAAUUGUUUAAUACACAUUUUCACAGUAAUUGGUACCCUAAUGAAUAUACAUUUUUACGUUCAUGUGGAUUUAUAUGGGUCAUUAGGCUGAAUGGGUCAUUAGACCGAAUUUUGAAAAAUUAAAGAUUUAAAUUAGUUUUUCUUGAAUGGCUUCAAGGGUUCAAUCCCAGUCGGUCCCGUCGGAAUUUUGUGAGGAAUAAAAUCUCUGAUCAGGGAAGUAAAACCGUUCGUCCCCGUUCAGUGAGUUGAUGGGUCGAUAGAUAGUGUCCAGGUAUGAGAGCUGCCUCCCUGGCGUCGGUACUUGACAGAGAUUGACAAUAGAUCGACGGAAAACUAGUCAAGGAAGAAAAAGCAGCAAUAAAUUAAAAAGUGGCAGCAAUAAUAGCAAUAGAAAAUAUAUGUUUAGGCAAUAAAAACCUUGUAUGACCCAAUAAUAAUCGAUUCAUUUCAAAUUGUUAAUCUUGAAGUAGAAAUAGAAUACUAAACAUCAGCAUUAAAAAUUAAAAUGUGCCGGAAAAACAUUAGAAAUUUUCCAACCAAGAAGUCAUUUUUUUUUAGGUUUUAUUGGUUCUUUUUCAAUUUAUUAUCGUUCGCUUUUUGAUGUUAUAGUGCUUCGAUGCCUCUUGAGGGUUAACAUCGUCAGAAUUAGUGAUGUCUGAAAUUUACUCGAUUAAUGGAGCGCACAGCGAACGAACAGUAGAUAUUCGACUAAUUUUAAGCUAACAUAAGAUCGUCCGGGCUAUUGAGAAAAAUUAAAAUAUUCAUAUGGCAGGCAAGAUAUGUAACUAGGAUUAAGAUCGCGGCCAAACCAUUAAAAAUCAAAACUUCAAAAAACUGUUGACACCAAUCUACAGGAGGUUGAUUAAAUAAACAUGGGUUUGUGUGUGUGUUUGAACUUCUAUUACAAUCAGAAAAGAUUUCGUUUGUUCAGAAAGAAAAUCCUUAAAUUAUACCUCAAGAAACUGGG